AUGAAUGACAGGGACACCUAACCAAAACCAAACGACGUGUAUCAAGUGACGUAACAAAGAUGCUUGAUGUUAUUUGCAAAUAUUUUUCUCGUGUUUAAUUGCUAUUGUCCUGCACAUUUUUUUUCAACUAAGUAAUAAAAACACUAAGUUGCACGAAUAUAGUAAAUAUUCUGGCGUGUUGACAAUACUUUAUGAUUAGUAGGCUUCCCUAAAUAAAUAGAGAAUUAUAGCGACCUUGAAACAAUGGACAAGAUGCAAUAUUAUAAACGCAAGAAACUAUAUAAAAAAAAAGAAAGAAACAGAAAAAUUACAGCCAUUUGUUUAGCAUGCAAGUAAUCAUUAUUUUUGCUGUUCUUCAAGGCAAGAGAGAUAAACUGUAGCAAUAUUACAUUUUAUUAAAAAAAAUAUUUGUUUUAAUUAUUGAUGUUCCCAUGCAAUAUCGUGCAGCCUUUUAAAAUAAGGUUCAUUAUCUUUAUAAUUCUCUUUAGUCAUUGUCAAAUGAAAAAAAAAUGUUUGCGAAACAUUUUAUAACGUUUCACUCAAACUUUUUUUUUCACAAGGAUCUCACAUUGUAAUAACUUCCAACCCAUUUGUUUUAUAAGUCAUAUAUUUAUAAUGUACAGAAGAGCGGUGCGAUAACAAUAGCGCACAUUUCAAACUAUAAAAUAAUGCGCCAGGUUAUGUGUUUUGCCAGCCGUUUAACAUCUGAAAUCGUGGAGUCAGGUUCCGAAAUAGUGAAAGUAGUAUAAGAAGAGAUUGUCUAUUGUGACAUAACAAGAACACACUGCGAGACUUUUACUUUCUGGUUUUAGAUCCAGGCUUCCUCAAAUGGGGUCGACCGUGCACACUUUCGACGAAACAACAUUAAAAUGACUUCAACAAGAAUUGUUACAUCUGAGAAUUUUUUACAACUUAAAUGUGCGGUGCCUAAAUAAAAAACAAGGUUUGCGUUUGUGCAUCUGUAAUACACGUACGAGGAUAUUAUUGUGGGAUUUAAUUGUUACGACGCGUAAUUUAUGAAAGUAUUCGCGGAAGAUGUUAAAGAUAGAAUUUAUCGUUGCAAAGUUAAAAACCAAUAUUACUUCUUUACGCAAAAAAUGUGAUUGUUGUUAGUGAAAAUGAAAGUGCAGUUCGAGUUACGAAACAAUUAUUUUGUAACAAUGUCUAUUGGCAUUCCCCAGUGUGUUAAUUACCAUUUUUGUGUUCAAACUAGAUGUUGUGAAACAUGUGCAGGAAUCCAGAAAAAUAAAAGUGUUUGUGCGUGACCAAUAUUCGAUGGAUUACAUGACGCAAUAACCUAAUUCAGCAUUUUAAUUAACAGGGGCAACGCAGUGGAGCCAUGAGCAGCAAUGAGGAAGACCUGCUCACACUCCACUAUGGCAAGCAUCAUUCCACACUUGCAGAUGAAGUACGCUCCUGGUUUCUGUCAGAGAGCUUUGCUGACUUGGCGCUUGUGUGUGAUGGUACAGCAACCGUGCAUGCCCAUCAGCUGGUGUUGGCAUCUGUCAGUCCCCUGGUGAAAAGAAUUCUCCAAGAGAUGCCACCACAGCUCGACACUACCAUCACUAUCCAUUUCCCUGGAGUCAAAGUUCACCUCAUACGCUACCUUCUGGAUUUCCUUUACACUGGCCAAGUAUGUGUACAGUCGAAAGAUAUGAAUGGUUUCCGAGAGCUAAUAGAAUUGCUUCAAAUCAACCCAAAGUUUUGUCUGGAGGAGGACGUAGAGAAAAAGAAACAUAGUGAGCUGCCACACCUGAAGUCAUUAUCAGAGCCGAGCAAAAGCUCUAACAUUUCUGAAGCGCAACUAUGCUCAGCCAAUAGAUUUGCAGCUAUGAUAGACUUUGAUGUAAACGAGAGGAGAUGGCACUUAGGAGGCUCUCACGAGGUCAGCUGGCAACCAAUAGCAGAUGUUGCCACCUCAUUUAAGUUAGUCAGCAAUUCAAACUUUAGCUCUUGCAUCAUAGAAACUGAGAAGGAACAGCCCUCUACGUUCCAGCAUAAUGAAGAUGGAGUGCCUAAAGACCAAAAGGUAAAUGCAUCAAGCCUGAAUGUGAUGGCAAAAAUUUCCGAAAUGCAGCCAGAUGGAAACAUUGACAAAGAACAAGAAGAGGGGAAGGAUGAAAGUGAGAAUCCUAUCUCUAUUGAACAUCGCGAGGAACCAAUGGACGAUGAAAGCAAGCAUAAGACAGUGAUUAAAACUGAAGAUAAGAGAGAAAUGGAAAGUGUUGAUGUUCUUCAUGUUGGACAAGUUGAAAAUAUUUUGGAUGAGCAGAAUGAGCACAAUGACAGCCUGCGAUCAAUUUCUGGUGGGAGAAGAAGAAGUUCCUUGAAUCCAGUCAACCUGUCUUUGGCAGAUGGAGAAGAGAGAAAGAGGUGCUCAGAUUCAAGAGACUCACCGUCAUUUGUCAAGGAAUCUGUGACUCGUACACUUUGUGACAAUAAGUUGAGCAGUGCCAAGGAUUGCUAUCAGGAUCCUCAAGAAGAAGAAGAAGAAGAAGAAGAAGACGAAGAAGAAGAAACAGCGGGAACUCUCUUCCAUCCAACUCAGGAGCUCGAUAAUGUGCGUGACUUGAGCAGCAAAGAAUCUGGAACAGAGGGAAGGACUGCGUCUUCUCACAUCCGUAUGGAAAAGGCAACAAGAUCAAUUAAGAGUGCCCACAUUAUUCACGAGAGAAAAAAACGAAAAUCAGUGUCUUUAGAAAUUAACUGCGAGUCUGAUGCUACUCCACUAGAUGACCGUAAGAAAGAUGAUAGUGCAAUAUUACAAACUUCUCCUGAAAGCUACUUAGUCACGCCACAUAGGAAACGCAGGCCGGGUUUCUACAAUUCUCCUGCACAAAAUCCACCAUUUGUUCCCUUGUGUCCUCCAUACUUGGAUGAUUUCCCACAGAUGCAACAUCACAAUAGUGUAGGUAGUGGCAAUGUCUCAUCUCGACUCAUGGCGAUUCCGGUUUCUACAUCUUCCGCUCCACAAUACCUCGACAGAGACCGGGAUUCCUCGCCCCAAGCUACUGCGAUGCAUGGUCAAGAACACCAUGUUGUGCAGCAGAGAAUUAAGGAUAUUAAGUAUGAGCCCGCUGAUGUUUCUAUGCAGAGCUCCACCAUUGAUGUUCCGUGGAGUAGGUGGUCAAUGUGUCAAACACCUGUAUCGUGCUCAUUAGACAACAGUAGAAGUUUUACGAAGUUAGGAGCAUCUGUGAACAGUAUUCGGGUUAAAGCAGAAAUUCCUGGGAAUACAAAUGCAUCGAAUCCUUUAAAAACAUCAGUGAAGCCUAUUCCUAUACGUGAGUAUCGCUGUGAGUAUUGCGGAAAACAGUUUGGAAUGAGUUGGAAUUUAAAGACACACCUGCGUGUUCAUACAGGUGAGAAACCAUUUGCAUGUCGUUUAUGUGUUGCAAUGUUUAAGCAAAAAGCUCACUUAUUGAAACACUUGUGUUCAGUGCAUCGUAAUGUCAUCAAUGAUGGUGGCGAUGGAAAAUUUAAUUGUUGUUUCUGCCAUAUGGUAUUUGAUACUUUGCAAGACUUAAUUAGACAUUUGUCUGGCCCUCACAACAAUUUGCUGCUUAGUAAAACAUUGCCAGAAUAAUAAUGUGAAGCUGAAAAAAUAUAAUUAGAUACAAUUGCAUAACAGAACAGUCACACAAACUGAAGGAAUAUUUUUUCAAUUAAUGUAGCCUUUAGUUUUUUAAGCAACAGAGAUAUUAGAGAUUAAAAAUCUCCUAAUUGGGGUGACUCAGAGAGGAAAUUUGCUCAGUGUGUGUUAAAUGUAAAAUUUUUUAUCAGAACUUAUUACUUUAAAUUUUGUAUUGACUGUUGUAUUUUCAUAUUAUAGGUUCAGAUCCAGUCAUGUAGUGUUUUAAUACUUGUUUCAAAUAUUUUUUUAAAAUUUACAUUAAAAUUAAGAACAUUACUUGAGGCAUACCAUACUAUGACUUAAAACAUAUACUAUCAUAUUGUGUAUUAUUAAUUGUCAAUACUCUUCUCCUGUGUGACUGGUAUUGUUGCAUUAUUUAUUUUUUUGUAUUCAUAGUUAUUAAAUAGGUAUACAUACUAAAAUAUUGUCACGGUGCAGCAUAAUGUAUCUAGUCUUAAUGUUAAGAUUUUGUCUACACAACUCAACUAGUCAACUAACAGAUUGACAGGAAUCAUGUUCAUUCAAAAAUAAACAUACAUUGAGCUCUAUGCAUGUAGUUUGUACCAAUCACAUAGGAGGAGAUACACAGAUAAUACCAAUGUUUCACUAGUGCCUCAUUAGUUUUUUGAAACAUUUCAUAAUUUAUACCUUUUUCUGUAAAUUUAAUUACCUACAAUUAAAUUGUUCAUGUGGCUUGCUUAUGUUUUUAAUUAAUGUUACUUCUUUUUGAGGCCUUAAGACAAAUUUUGUAAUUGUAACAGUUAAUAUUGACCGCAAUUAUAUAUUGUGCCUUGAGAAAAUUACUUAACCUUGUUAGUGUUGGAGCCGAAAAAUGUUGCAAUAAGUAAUUAAUUUGUACAUAAUGAUUCAAAGAAUAUUGAAUGAGUUUAGGCUUAAAACUCUGCUUCACCAUUACAGAUAGAUAGUUGUAGUAUCAAAAUAUUUUAUUAAUGUAGAACUGUACUGAGUUACAUUAGUUUCUUAAAUAAUAAUAAUUAUUCUGCUAUUAAGAAAUUGGAAAUUUUUUUUUGUGUGGCUUAAAGUUUAUGCAAGGUCAAAGUAUAAAAUCUAGUAAUUUUCUUGUUUUCGAGGCUGUCCUAUAUUUUGGAAAACCCUGUAAACUGUGCCUUAUUCAUUGAUGAGGUUAGAAAGAAUGUAUUUAAUACUUGUAUUACAGCAUAUAUAGUCUAAUUUUGUUUGAAAGCUGAUCAUUUAGUGAAUCGUACAAUAAUAGCAGCCAUGCUUGGUACACGUAGUACACUUAUUUAUUAGAUAUUUAAUUUUGCAAACCUAAAUAAAUAACCACGAACUCAUUAGCAUAUAGUUAGAACAUAAAUGUUACUAGGGUGAUCACACACGGUGCAUGUUAUAUAAGUAAAUAAUUUAUUACAUGUUAAAAGUAACUAGACAACUUGAAGUGUGUUAAGAUGAGAUAGUACAAAUAUAUGUAUUCGUGCUUGUACAAGGCCUGUGUAGAAAUGUGAUCCUAGAUUAUCUUAUGUUUGUUUUGUGCAGUAUUGUUGAAUCAAUUAACAAAAUUGUAAUCUCAUGCAAGAAGUGUUUCGUCGCAAGAAAUUAUCCGUGAAUAAAAUAUAUUUUUGUAUGUUUAGCUGUAAAUAAAUAAAUGAAAUGUGAGAAAAAA